AUGGAAAGUUUUCAACAAGCUCUUGAAGAUUGUCAACUCUCUGACCUUGGUUACAAGGGGUCACGUUUUACGUGGAACAAUGGAAAAGAGGACGAAAAUUUCACUAAGGAGCGACUAGACCGAGCCAUGGCCAACCAAGAAUGGUGCUCAAUGUUCGGGGAGUAUGAAGUACGAAUUUUGGCGGCACGUUCGUCUGAUCACAAGCCCCUACUUGUCCGUUUUGGGACAUUCUCAAAGGUGCGGCAGCGAAAGAGAAGGGGCUUCCGGUUUGAGGCCAGUUGGACAGUGGAGAAUGACUUCCAGGAAAUUGUACAAGAGGCUUGGGGGGAGGGGAAUGGUGUAACCCAGGGGCUGGAAUCAAUGAGAAGUAGACUGGACCGAUGUCAACACGUUCUUGAAAGGUGGGACCGGGAAAAGCUAAGACAUGGCGAUUUGUCUAUUAAAAAUUUGACAACUCGGCUAGAGUUAUUACAACGCCAGGAAACCCCUGUUGAAAAUUGCCUUGAAUUAAUCAAGUCAUGA